ACAAAAACAUAAAAAUACCAAAACAAUACCAACAUCAUCCCUUUUUUUGCACCUACCAACCAGAAAACCUCUGCCUCAAAACCCCACCCACUUAUUCUCUCUCAUCUCCUCCAUUGAAGAAGAAGAGAGAGAAAACACCAAAUAAAACCUUGAGGUGGUACAACAAUGGCGUCUCUGUGUUUUUCACCUUCCACAACUUCUUCCAUGGUUGCGCUUCGACCUUCAUCUUCAACUUCAAAUGUAUCCUCUUCUUCUUCAUCUUCUUCGAGCAGUUUUAAGGAGAUACGGUUCAGAUGUUUUCUCUCUCCUCUUUCUCUCACUAGUAUUUGUUCUUCUGUGAAGGCGAGAGCUCGUCGUUCUCAGAUUGUUUGUAUGGCUCCCGAGGAAGAGAAGAUGACUCGUCGUUCUCCUCUUGAUUUCCCUAUCGAGUGGGAGAGGCCCAAGCCUGGGAGAAGACCAGAUAUCUUUCCACAAUUCAGUCCAAUGAAAACACCAUUACCACCUCCUAUGCCUGCUGAUCCACCCGAGGAAGACGAAGAAGAGGAAGUAAAGAAAGAAGAGGAAGAAGAAGAUCCUGAAAAGGAAGAGCAAGAUAACCCGGAUAAAUAGAAGUAAUAUAUAAACGCUAGUAGGCAGGAUUUUUCAAUAUGUUCGAUAUCCUCAAUAGGUGGUGCUCAUAAUGUCAACCGCAUAGACCCUGCAGAUAGUGAAGCUAUCAACCCUCUGGGGAGGCUGUGCACAGGCGUUUCUAACAUUUACAUUGAGUCCCUGUGCAGGUUGAGUGUUUUCCUGGGAAGGUAUCUUAUCCUAGUUUUGUAGUAUUGAGGCGAUUUUUAUAGGUUUUGUAAUGUUAUGUAAGGAUGUUAUACUGGUAUCAUUUCCUGGUAAGUUGCCGUUUCUUUUCUGAUCAGAUCA